GGGAAAGAGAUGGAGCGAGUAGUUUUCUAUACCAUUAAUCAUUUAUUGGCUCGUUGAUGAGUACUCAACAAAAGUUUGCUGGAUCGACAGCUAGCCAAGCAGUAGAUGAUGUAACAAGUGGGAAUAUGGAAUAAUUAUGUCUGCAUUUUCCGGAGCAGCCGCAACAGAGAUCAGAUUUUCAAGAUUUAGUAGUAGGAAGUACUACUUCCCAAAGGAUUGCACCAUUUCCUGGGCUACGUAAAUGUAGUGUACAGAGGCUGGGCUAUAGAUUUGAUACUGGACCGAUACUCCUCCGUUAAUGGGCUGAAAUGCACCACAACCGAUUCAUACCUGCUGUUUAAGACCUUACGAAUUAAAAAAAAUUCCCCUCUGGUGACAAAAUUGAUUGAACAAAACAAAAAGGGGAAAGCAACAGAAAUGGCGAGUGGAAUUGCAGCGACAUUGGCCGCAGCAAGAACCCCUCUACCCACCACCGCCGUAUCAUCAUUUCCGGCCACCGUGAGAUUGAGGUGGAACUUGUCCCUUCCACGAGGUUUCUCCGCUUCUGCAUCGUCGUCAUCAUCCGCUCCUCCAUCUUCAAGGAAACUCAUCCUUUACUCCAAGCCCGGUUGCUGUUUGUGCGAUGGCCUCAAAGAAAAACUCCAUGCUGCCUUCUCCCUCGCCGGCCCUCUUUCCCUUCAUGACGUCCAAUUAGAGGUAAGAGAUAUCACUACUAAUCCUGACUGGGAGAAUUCUUAUCAAUACGAGAUUCCUGUUCUUGCCCGACUUCGUCCUGAUGGCACUGAGGUGAACUUACCCAGAUUAUCCCCUCGUCUUGGAGUUGAGCUGAUUCAAAAGAAAAUUGCUGCUGCAUUGAGCAGUUAGUUGCACAUUUUGCAUCAACAUACUAAACCCCAAUCAGUUCAUCUUUUUCCAACAAUCGGGCGACAAACAAGCACUGGUUAAGUAGAGAUGUAACUAGGAAGAAUACUCUCCUCAUCUUUCAUGUUGUGAUACAGCGGAUAUGGUUGAUAACUUCAUGAUCGCAUCAUUUAUUCUUUCAUUUUACUAAUUCAAUAUAUUGUAUACUUUCACAGUGAGAUUAUUCUUGACCAAGCUAACUCGCGAAUUCUCAAACGUGUGGAUUUCUUAAAUUUCGAAUGCAUUCUGUACUUUCUGAAAGCUCAAAGGCAUGUUCGUGUUUACAUCUGCUUACAAGAUACUCAAAUUUUCGUAAGUAUUGCACAAAACUCAGAGUAGAAACUGUACAACACCUGGAUCCUAUAUAAGCUUUCUCUUUUGAAAGUAACGUUUCAGAUAGCCUACUUGUACAAGUGAAACCAUGAUACAAACAGCAAUGGACAUGAUACUGAACGAGGCAACUCUUGCAUUAGUUCUUUCACUCACUACCCUCAUCUCUGCUUCCCUAUAGGCACAACAGAAAACCCAGUCACUACAUAGAUUGGAUCAACUGAUUCUUUGAGGUCUGGAAGUUAUCUGAACAGAGUUAAUAUUGACAAUGAAUGGUACAAAACCAUGCCAUCAAUUACAUUUACCUUUCCUUAAGAUAGAUCAAAUUUUCUCGAAUGGCAUCCACGGCCCCUUCAAGUUUACUCAACUCAAGUUCGAGACCCUAAAUUCAUUCAAAAAGUAUAGAUUAAACAAGUAUAAGACAUCUUUCAAGGACGGGUGACAGAUAUGAUUUGUAGCAAACUUACAUCAAUCUUUUCCUUCUUAGCCACUGAUUCCCAAUCUUUAGCUGCUAUUCCAGUCUUCCAGUCAAUACCAACAGUUGCGCCUUUGCCUCCUUUGUGCUCCCCGACCACUGAGAAGCAUGCCACAUAAUCACCGUCUUCACUUGCUGUGAAUGCGAAUUGGCCAUGUGUCACUUUUUCUUCAUGAUGAAUGUUGCUCCCAUAUGGAGAUGUCACCUAACAGGAUAUACCAAUUCAUACAGAUAACAUCAGACAAAUGUAAGUCGUUAAAAACCUUCUCACAGGCAGCUAAAUUUGGGAUGAAUACCUUCUAACUAGUACAAAUAAAAAACCUCUUAUUGUAUAACCAAAAAAAAAGCAGACACAUGUACAAGCAGACAGUCAAUAAGUAGUUUGAUGAUGAUAUCGAUGCGAGGUUCAUAGCAGAAACAAGUAAACAUUCAGCAGCUUCGAAGACCAAUAGUCCAUUGGAUUCUUGAAGUUGUCUUUUCCGGUGAGAUGUUGCCCCUCUAUAGAGAGAGAGGUUCAAGUGAACCCAUUCAAGACAAACCAAGGUAGCUGUUUGGCCAUUGACUUAAGAUGCUUAGCUUUCAAUGUCACCAAUUGCUAUUUUCCUUUUGUUUUGGAACUCAAUAAAUGAACAAUCACUAGCAUAUAUAUGGUGUUAUGGAUAAGGAAACAUGUGAUGUAUCUAACGGGACUACCUCCUGAUUGAAGAAGAACACAAACAGUAAACAUCAGCUCACGUUGUUUCGACAAGAUAAUGUUAAGAUCCUGCUCAUUCCAUUCAGGCUUGCAAACACCAGCUAGCUCGAAGCAUCGUUAUAUUUGAACCUCAGAACCUGUAACUUACGGCUUCUCCAAUUUACAAGAACGGUCUUGUAUGCCAAGAACUCAUCAAUUCAGCACCACUUUUCCAUUAUGUGUUCAAGUUAGUAGUCAAUUCAGAAAGGACUCCCCCUCAUGCUUUCAAAACCAGGCCACAAAGGCAAAUUACAAUUCCAAGAUCAGAGGAUGUGCUCCAACCAUAUUGAAAAGACUAAUGGCCAUUCUUCACCUGAUUUUCCAGAGUUUUAAUAUACAAAAUCUAUUCCCUUGUAUCCCUUGUCUGAAAACUGCUUGCUCCACAUAUGAUCUAGGUCAGAGGGAGAUCUUUAGCUUCAUAUAAGUUCACUCAAGUCCUAUAUCCCCCCCACACCUAAAACUCUAAGCCUAAUGUCAACAAACGAGACACUACAAAAGGUAAACACAUGAUAAAAAUAAUGUGAACAGGUAAGGCUUGUUAAGGACAUCUGAUUACCAUUAUUCCGAUUCGACUCCCCAAAUUUCAAAGACCACAUGAUGUACACACAACUAAAAAUUUCGCAAUUUCGAUCACACAAGAAUUUAAUUUUUGAAAUAAAAAAUUUGGGUUCGUUAGUCAAGCUGGAACAAAAACCAACUGAAUGAACAGAAGAGACAAUCAGUUUUGACUGACCUUGACUGAGAUUGCAGGAGUGAAAUUAGCAUGAUGACCACCAUCAUCUUCAUCCGGGAUGACAUAGUAAUCAGCUAAAACCACAACGCUCCUCCGUAUGUCCUCGGAAACACACUUGACUCCCUCCCAAGGUACAUCCAACCAUACGGAUUUUACAGUGGGUACCACCACAGCUAAAAAAACAACCAAAAUUGGAACCCCAAACCCACAACUUCUCAUCUUCCACAUCAUUACUCUAAAACACACACACACACACACACACACAGAGUUGAUUAGAGAAUAAAGGUUGGCACUUGAGGAGCUUGAUGUGGGACUGUGUGACUGUGUGUGUGUGUUUUUUUUUAGGAAGGAUGGAAGUUUUGUUUAUGGAAAGCAGCAAUUCAAGUUUUAUUACAGUUGGUGAAUUGACAUGCGUGUGCCACACGAGGGGACAAUCUGCGAAGCUGCAUGACUUUCAUUAGUGUUGGCGCCACGGUAAGGUUUGACUCUCUACCCAAUCACAACAACCCACGUGUUCCUGCACUACUUUCUUUGGAUUCUUCUACACUCUCUCUCACGCGAAUCUCUCAGGGGACAGUGUUCUUUUUUUUGGUUCCGCGCAGAUUUUUUUUUUUCACUCAAAUCACAGCUCCGGGCGAACCAACUGGUUAGAGCUACUUUACCUGCGAACCUGCUUUACGGUCCAUUUCCGGCUGCCCCGGGGGCCAAGCAGUUCCCAAGCCAUUGAACUGCAUGGUGCCCAUUUGAUACGGCCACUUCUCCUGCCUCAAUUAUUUUAUUCAUUAGUUCCCCAGUUAGGAUAAAAAUGUCCCGGCACCACCAUCGCCGUCGUCUAGCGCUACCAGUCUUCUUCUUAUUGCUCUUGGAGGUAUUCCUUCCGUCAGCAGCCAAAAACCAUCAUCAAUCAACAGACCCCCCUAUCGAUCCCAUUCCAAUAACUCGUUUCCGGGAAUACCUUCGCAUCAUCACUGCACAUCCCACCCCAGAUUAUACCUCCGCCAUUAAUUACCUUCUGAACUUGUCAUCAGAAAUCCCAUCUCUCCAAUCCGAGGUCCUUUAUUUCACACCCCAGAAAGAUAAACCCCUGCUCCUCCUCACUUGGGCUGGCUCUGACCCGACUCUUCCGUCCAUCCUUCUAAACUCUCACUUGGAUUCCGUCCCCGCGGAGCCCCACAAGUGGGUUCAUCCUCCUUUCUCCGCUCACUAUGCUGGCGACGGUAAAAUCUUUGCUCGGGGAGCUCAAGAUGACAAGUGUAUCGGAAUUCAAUAUUUGGAAGCUAUCAAAAGCCUCAGUCAGGAAAAUCAAUUUAGGCCGCUCCGCAACCUUCACAUUUCUUUUGUCCCGGAUGAGGAGACUGGAGGUUUUGAUGGGAUGGCUAAGUUCGUUGAGUCCGAAGAAUUUAAGAAGCUUAAUGUUGGGUUUGUGUUGGAUGAGGGACAGGCCUCGCCUGGGGAUGAGUACAGAGUGUUUUAUGCCGACAGAUCGCCCUGGCAUAUUGUGAUUAAGGCAGUGGGAAUCCCUGGCCAUGGAUCACGAAUGUAUGAUAAUUGUGCUAUGGAGAACUUGAUGAAGAGUAUUGAGGUUAUUAAUAAGUUUAGGGAUGCUGAGUUUGAUAAGGUUAAGGCUGGUUUGGCCAUGAACUCCGAGGUUAUCUCCGCAAAUCCUGUAUUUCUGAAUGCCGGCACUCCUUCCCCUACUGGAUUUGUGAUGAACAUGCAACCUUCAGAGGCAGAGGCAGGAUUUGAUGUGAGGCUUCCGCCAACUGCUGACCCUGACUCCCUGAGGCGAAGGAUUGCGGAGGAAUGGGCACCUGCUUGGAGAAAUAUGACGUUUAAGAUUACCGAGAAAGGACCUCUAAGGGACUACCUGGGACGGCCGUUACUGACUCAUACGAAUGAUUCGAACCCAUGGUGGUCUGUUUUCAAAGAUGCUGUCAUUGCAGCCAGUGGUAAACUGGCGAAGCCGGAGAUUUUGGCUUCAACUACCGAUGCGCGAUUCAUGAGACAGCUAGGGAUCCCUACGUUAGGCUUCUCACCUAUGAAGAACACUCCCAUAUUGUUGCAUGACCACAAUGAGUUUCUGAAGGAUAGUGUGUUCUUGGAGGGAAUCAAAGUAUAUAAAUCCAUCAUCAGAUCAUUGACUUCUUUUGCUGGUUCUCCAUGAUAUAUUGAGCGAAUGAGUGCAGCACAGCAAAGCAUGUUGUCUGUAACAUGUUUGUAUUGUAUCAGGCCCUUUUAGAGGUUUUUUUGUCCUGAUGAGUGGUGUAUGAAGUGUUCGCAAGGAGCAGUCCUGGUCAAGUUUUCGUAAGAACAAGUUCCGCAGUUUUUAUUAUGUUUCAACUGUUGUCUAACACCUGUGUACAGUAGAACUUGUAAUUUACAUGUGAAUGGAGUGGUGCAUGCUCUUUUUGUGUCAUUUACCUAAAUAUGUCCAGGAAAGAAGUAGUGGACUGAUAUAAACACAAAUUUGGGAGUGGUCAGAAAAAACAUGUGCCGGAAAAGGAAUUUCCAUUUUCCUAUGAACUGUUCAUAAAACAGAUUUGCGAGUUCUGUUUCUUUAGGAUUAGGAUUUGAUAAUUACUUUGAUUAAUAAAAAUGGAUUAAACAUUUUCGUUUUUGUUUUAGUAAAUCUUGAUUUAAGGAAAUGGGAAAAAAAUUUGUGAAGUAAAUAUUUUUCG